AUGGCUACUAGCUCCAAGUUAUCUUCCUUUGUCUUUGUGCUUGUCGUGUUAGCCAAUUCACUAGUUCUCAGCUCAAGUACUGAGCCAACAAUUUCAGCUUCUCCAAAACCUUAUGUAACAGCACCUGGUAUUACCUCUUUUUUUCCCAGGCCAAGUGCUGAUAGACCUAUGAAUUGGGCAGCUCCUCCUGAGGAAGAGGCAUCCUCGCCGCCACCAGUGCCAAGUUCUGGUGAGUUUGUUGGGAAGAAGUCUUCCGGUUCAUCUAGGUUGGAUUGUGCAGCUGCCAUUGUUGGCACCCUGCUCUGCAGUUUCUUGAUAUCUAGCAUAGUUGUUUGA